AGAGAGAGAGAGAGAGAGAGGCUGCACAUGAGCUGAGGGUGAGCUCAAGGAGAAGCUGCUGAUCGGUGUAGUGGAGCAAGAGGAGAGGAGAGGAUGGAUGCUGCUGCUGCUGCAUGUUGCACGAUGCUGAUGUUGUUGGAUGCUGCUGCUGCUGCUGGAGACAUGCGGUACUCUUCUUCUUCACUCCUCCUUCAGGUCACACUGUAGUUACUGUGGAGUCCAGCCAGUCAGUCACUGAGACAGUCUCUAGAUAGUCUCUCCUCCUCCUCCUCCUCCUCCUCCUCCUCUCUCGCUGGGAUUUUGUCCUUGCUGGAUGGAUGCAGGGAUGCCUGCUGCUCCUCUCCAAACACUGUUCUUGGUUGUGCUGGGUAUGCUGACAACAGGCGCCCAGACGGAGAUGAAGAGGGUUGUCGGAGACAACGCGACGCUGCCCUGCCACCAUCAGUUCUGGUUGGGAGAUGACCCCACUCUGGACAUCGAGUGGCUGUUUCUCAGGCCAACCAACAGGCAGAGAGUGGUGAUCACCUUCUUUGCCGGACGGGUUUUUGAUCCCAAUGAAGCAGAACGUAGCCGCGUGGCUUUCGCUGGAGAGUACUUAAAAGGGGACGCCACUCUGCUGAUCAGUGACUUGUCUCUAACAGACUCAGGAGAGUACAGCUGCAAAGUCAAGACUGGUGCACAAUACCACUGGAGCACCAUCAACCUCAUAGUGCUGGUAAAGCCGUCCAAGCCGCGGUGCUGGAUGGAGGGCAAACUGUUGGAGGGCGCUGACGUUAAGAUGAGCUGCAAGUCUGCCGAUGGCUCUGAUCCCAUGCGCUACAAAUGGGAGAGAGUACUGGACAAGGGCAAGUAUAUUGGCAAGCUGCCUUCACUGGCCCUGAUAGAUUUGAAAAACCCAGAGAUUGUGACAUUGAAGAACUUGACCAAGGACAACACCGGAGUCUACAAAUGCACCGCCAGCAACGAUGUGGGAGACGAGAGCUGCACAGUGGAGGUCAAGAUGCACUAUGUAAGGGGAAUGGGUGUGGUCGCAGGGGCAGUGGUCGGCGUGUCCUUCGGAGUCCUCCUCAUCAUCCUCAUCAUCUGGUUGGUGUUCCGCAAAAAAGAGAUGAAGAAAUAUGAAGAAGAAGAGACCCCGAAUGAAAUCAGGGAAGAUGCAGAGGCUCCCAAAGCCAAACUGGUGAAGCCCAACUCCCUCUCGUCCCAUUCUGGCAGCUCUCGCUCGGGCACCUCCUCCACUCAGUCCAUGGUGCACAACAUGGGGCUCCGAGGCCAACGAGCCUGUGUUCCCGCCGUGGCGGCCCUCAAGGAGAACUGCCCGACCUCCUCCUUCCCUCAGGCUCCUCCUGCCUACACUCAGUCAGUUCCCAAGACUCCUGAGCCCCGUUCAACACUAACCUCCACAUCUACCUCCAACUGCAAGCCCAGCUCUCCCUCUAAACUGAGUCCUGGAAACCUGAGCCGCAUGGGGGCCACUCCUGUUAUGAUCCCCGCCCAAACCAAGGCCUUUCAGACUGUGUAGAUGUAAUCACACAGAGAAAAAAAGGCCAAGGCAGCCUCAGGACACAGCAACUAGCUGAACCCAAGAGAGGAGACUCUGAUAAAGACCCAAUUAUAUUAUCUAGAUAUAUUCUCACCAUUCACAAUCCGAUGCAUACUUUGAUCAGUUUAACUCUUUGAGAUCUCUGCUCUACACUACCAAUAUAGGGACAGGCUUCUUCUGGUGUUGUUUAUUUACACUCCUGAGCAACAUCUGUGAUACUGUUUUAUGGACUGUGAUUAUGAAAGACAAGUCGGUGUUGAAACUGAAGUAGCAGUUGAGUGAAUGGGAUGAGGAUAAAAUGAUUACAUUACAUGGCCACUUCAUUCUUUUUGUAGAAGACUGCUCACAGAUACAACUGAAGAAGUUAUAGUAGUUCAUAGGGGGAAUGAGAAAAAGGAACAAACUUGAACACCUUACAUACAGUACACCACUUUACACCUGUUGUGUGAAAUGAAAACACCCUGCACCUAUGACUGAACUGAUGAAAGUAGUUUACCUGGAGGUCGUUAGAGUAUAUAUACAGCCCGUUCUCAUUCCCAGGGCGUCAAAUACCGUCACUUACUACAACUACAAUGUAAACCCAUCCGCGUCAACAUUAGCUCAGGGAAAGUGCGCCGGGAG